AUGUUCGCCAAAGCCCUCAUCGCCGCCGGCCUCGCCGCGCUCGCUGCUGCUCAGUCUGCCUCUCUCGGCUUCACCAGUGUGCCUAGCACCAUCGCCGCUGGCCAGCCUGAGGCCAUCGAAUACAAGGCCACCGAUCUGAACUCGCCAGUGACCAUCACCCUCCGCAAGGGCGCGAGUGGCAACCUCCAGACCGUCUCUACCCUGACCUCCUCCGCGACGGGCGGCAAGUACACCUGGACCCCAUCCACCAGCCUCGCCAGCGGCUCCGACUACGCCCUUGAGAUCACCCAGGGCUCUGAGACCAACUACUACGGCCCAUUCACCCUCACCGGUGGCUCUGCUUCUGCCUCUUCUUCAUCUGCCUCCGCAUCUGUCACCAGCUCUGCCUCGCACUCUGCCAGCGGCUACCCAAGCCACAGCUCCUCCAUUGUCAUCACCUCUGCUCUGCACAAUGCUACCACCAUCUUGACUGGAACCGGCUCUGUUGGCACUGGCUACCCCAUCACCCGUAACACCACUCUGUCCCGCCCAACCCUGUCCCGCACCACCGCUGCCUCGUCUUCUGCUUCCGCCACUGGUGGCAGCGGCUCGCAGUCCACCGGCGCCGGCGCUGGCUUCCAGGGCUCGCAGACCGGCUCCGCCGCUGCCUCGUCCACUGGCGGUGCUGCCAUGAUGACCACCGGUGGCAGCGUUGUCGCGCUCGUCUUCGGUGCCGUCGCCGCCGCUGUCUUCGCAUAA